AUGACGGCCACAAAAGCUCCCGACGAGCUAUUUCCUAUCACAACUUUCAUUUCAGAACUACCGCCCAAUCUCAUUCCGCAGUCUUCCGAAAAUUGCCCAGCAAGUGGACAGCUAAUCAUUGUAGGCGACGUACAUGGGAUGAGAAAGUCCCUGGAGGCACUCUUAGACAAAGUCGGCUUCGACAAACGCAAAGGGGAUCAUCUGAUAAUAGCCGGCGACCUAGUUAAUAAAGGACCCGAUGGUCCUGGUGUUAUUGAUCUGGCUAUCAAGCUUGGUGCCAGUGCAGUGAGAGGCAACCACGAAAACGCAGUUCUAAAUGCGGCCAAGGAGAUCAACACCACAAGGGAUAGUCUAUCAUACUCCGGAGGCUUGAGUGGCAGUCCCGCCAUACCUGAGAACCCUCAAUCCGACCUGCCUGAGAAUAUUGUCCGGGGGCUUGAUAUUCCUGAUCAAGGCGCAUCUGCUACAACUGAUAUUAGUAUAAGAAAUGGCGCGAUAACAACGCACGAUACGGCAUUGAAGCUUUCUGCACGCCAUCUUCACUGGCUUGCUGCUUUACCUUUGAUCUUGUGCGUCAAGCUACCCUAUAAUUUAACAUCCUCCCUCGGCGACAAUCUAGUUGUUGUACAUGCAGGCCUCGUUCCGAGAAUCCCACUGGAAGAGCAGGAAUCACACGCUAUAAUGCAUAUGCGGGGCCUUGUCCGUGCAGUGGACAAUGAAGACGAAUUCAUACCGGCUGAAGCUCCUGGAGAAGAAGGCUGGAUUGCGGAAUGGGACCGGUGGCAAGACGAGAGAACAUCGAACACUACGGUGAUAUUCGGGCACGAUGCUAAGCGUCGCUUGCAGCUGGGAAGGUAUACGAUUGGACUUGAUUCAGCGUGUUUGUACGGUCGUAGGUUAAGCGCAGUUGUAAUUGCGGCUUUUGACGCAAAACUUAAGCAUCAUAUCAUUCAAGUCGAAUGUGCCGAUACGCCUGUGGUUGUAUAA